AGAGAGAAGAAUGAAAUUUCUAAAUGCAGUGAUUAUGCUAACAUGUCUUGCAUAUGAGCAAGUUUGCGGAAAUGUAGCAAAUGUGGAAGCCAAGCUUGGCCAAACAGUACAAUUGAAAUUCGACAAAUUCAUUCGCAAUAUUGAUAUUGAGUUAAAAUAUCCUGAAAAUGGCACUGUCUAUCAAAAGACAAUAAUCAAAGAUGGCAAAAUAACAAAAUAUGGGGUGGAACGUUUUGGAAAACGAAUAAUCUAUGCAGAUGGCAAUCUUAUCAUACGAGAUGUAAAAGAAAAUGAUGCAACAUCAUAUAUAUAUAAAUUAGGUCAUUAUUCGCAGAAAAUAAGACUUAUCAUUCUUUCAUAACAAUUGUACAUUUGAAUGUAAUCAAUUUGCUCGGUUGAUUUUACCACUUUGAUACCAUUCCUUAUGGUGAUAAGAAUAUUGUCUAUAACAG